AUGAGGCCUACCGUUUUCUGUGUUCUCGUCUACUGCUUCACGAUUCUCUGUCAAGUGGCCUCGGACCAGUUCAACUGCUCAGAUGGAUCCAUCUCAACCACAAGUUAGUUCAAAACCGUCCAAUUGAAUCCGUUUCGUUUUUCAGAAUGCCGGAGAGGUUUUUUUGGCCAUUUCAGAUGCUCUUCUGAUUUCACUUGCGAGAUUAACGAAAACGAUCAUUUUUGCUGUAAGUUAUGCAGUGUGUAUCGAAAAACCAAACUUUUUUUAAUUUAAUUUAAACGGUAAUGUACGUGGAAAUCUAAUGAUUUUAGGAGCUGUUUUUUUAAACUGUUUAUUGCAUCUUCAAUGUAAGAGUACAUGUGCAAUCGACUUUCAUUGAUUUGACUGUGUUUAAACGGCGGCAGGAGCUGAGGCUUAGGCAGAGAAGUUGUGAAUUUCGCUCGUAGGACAUCAGGUACAAGAGAGGUCGUAGGAAGAAGUACGGUGCCGUCUUUCCAAGGGCCGAUGGCAGAGAUUGAGUCUUUUCGCUGCAUGCAGCUUCCAAUUUUAUCUACCCCGGAAGGAUGAAAGGCUUGGUCGACCUCGGGGGGACUCGAACCUACGACCUUGCGGACGUUGGAAAUGAGUUAUGCCAGCUGAGCUAUGCCGCCCCUUUUUUUUUUUAGGAGCAGUCCCCUGAAAAUAUUAUCAAAAAAUAGUUAUUUUUUCUCUAUUUAGUUUGCUCCCUCGAGAACUUUUUUAUAGAAAAUAUUUCAAGUUCUACGCAAAACGAUGUCUCCUUUUCAGCAAAUUAACUCAUUCCCAAACUUCCAUUCAGGUCCCAAGCAGAACCGGGACGUAGUUCCAUCCAGUCUCCACGGCUGCGAACAGUGCAACGCCAGACAACGGCUGCAAUGCUACAGAAAUGCGGCCGGUCCUGCCUGUCGGGGCUGCCGUCAUUGCUGCGCCGACAUCCUCCCCUCAAUGUAG